UUUUACACCUAAAUCUACUCAGUAUUCUUUGUGAUUCAUUGUAAAAUGUAACAAAAACACUAAAAUAACCAUGAAACAAGUACGAAUUUUGGUUAUCGGUGAUGAAGCCGUAGGGAAAACCUCCCUAAUUGAACGAUAUGUCAAAGAGACGUUUUUGAUGAAUCAUUCGCCUACAGUAAUCAAUGAAUAUGUUAAAUAUUCAAAGUACCACGAAUUACACAUUCGGGACUGUUCAGCAUUACCAGAAUUUAAGUCACUGAGAUUCUUACAAUACGCAGAGGUUGAUAUCAUUUUGUUUUGUUUUAAUUUGGCUACAAUCGGUACAUUAGAUAGUUUGAAAAGCAAAUGGCUGCCGGAAGUCAAAGAACACUGCGGUAAUGCAAUACGUAUUUUAGUUGGUUGUAAAAAUGAUUUGGACUCAAUAUCCCUACUAAUAUUAUAA